UCAGUCAUUUUCUUUGCUUAUGCUCUCCUAUCUUCAUCUUCUUUUUUUCCAUAAGAACCCUAACUUUUUAUGAGACAACAUUGAAAAAAUUAAAAAUGGUGAGGAGUUUAAACAUGUGAAUUUUGUUGCUUUUACAAAUUAACAGCCACAAUUAAAACUAUUUGGAGGUGAUUCCAUGGUAGUGUCCAAUUUAACAUCCGUAUGCAAGUCAUCAAUCACAUCAUUCUAAGAAUUUGUUAGAGGGGUCAAGUUUUUGAAGUAGCAAACCUUCAAGAGUUGCCGUAAAAAAAUCCCGAAAAGACCCUCUCUUUUUCCACUAACCUACAAAAUGUCAGGAGAAGAAGAAGAGAAUGCAUCAGAGCUAAAAUUGGGCGAAGAUUUCGUCAAAGCAAAGUGUUUGAUGAAUGGAGAAGUAGCCAUGAUUCUUGAACACAGAUUAGAACAAUUACAGCAAGUUUCAGAUGAUCCCUUGAAUCAGAUGCCCCAAGUUUUCGAGAAAUCUCUGCAAUAUGUAAAGCGAUUCAGUCGUUACAAAAACCCAGAUGCUGUAAGACAGGUUAGAGAGAUUCUUAGUCGUCAUCAACUAGCCGAAUUCGAGCUCGCUGUUCUUGGUAACCUUUGCCCAGAAACUGUUGAAGAAGCCAUUGCUAUGGUACCUUCGCUUAAAGAUAAAGGAAGGGAUCUUGAUGAUGAAGCUAUUGAGAAGAUGCUUACUGAUCUUGCUAUGGUUAAGAAGUUUGAGUGAUUUUGGUUUCUGGGUUGCUUGGAUUUUAGGGUUAGGGUUUCUGGGUACUGCGUAUUCGUCAUCAAUUUUUAAAAUUUGGUGUUUUUAGGAUUGUUAAUUGAGAAUUCUAAUGCUAUGUACUGUUCAAUUUGACGAGAAAUUGAUGGUAGUAAACUGGUAAUUGAUGUGUUUGUGAUGUGCAUAUCAAAUGUUUGAUGAAAGUCCUUGCUAUGAUAUUGAACUGAAAUUGGAAAGAAUGGUUAUAUCAAUCGAAUCAAACUUGUAAUUGACAAAUAUUCA